UUUUCUCUCUCUACAGUUUCCAUUGCCCUCUCUCUCCUCCCCCUCGGAAUGCUUUUCCUCUCUAGCGGUCUGGCCCUCCCCUCUUCACCUUUUCGGCCAUAUAAUUGUUUUUAGGGCUUCAAAGCAUUCGGCGAAUUUGAACUCGCUCCGCGCAACCCCCGGUCUGUCUCUCUGAUAAAAUGAGGCGAGAUCUGUGUGCAAGGUGAACACCCUCAAAGAUUUCUCCUCCUUCCCUUCCGCUUCUUGCAUUGGCCCCAGUCGGGACGGUUGCUCCGGGAGGGGGCUUCUUGAGCUAUUUUGGUUAGUUCUUGGAGUUUGCAACUGGCGUUCGGAGGUUUUGGACAGAAGGACAAAAAAAAUCUUGCUGAACGUAGACAGCCAUGGAUCAAUACGAGGUGUUGGAACAGAUCGGUAAAGGGGCAUUUGGUUCUGCCCUGUUAGUCAGACACAAGGUGGAGAAGAAGAAGUAUGUGUUGAAAAAGAUCCGGCUUGCGCGGCAGACAGACCGCACUCGCCAAUCUGCCCACCAGGAGAUGCAACUCAUUGCUACAGUGAGGAAUCCAUUCAUUGUAGAAUACGAGGAUUCAUGGGUGAAUAAGGGUUGCUACGUUUGCAUUGUUAUAGGGUAUUGUGAGGGAGGAGACAUGGCUCAAGCUAUUAAAAGAGCUAAUGGUACCCACUUUUCGGAGGAGAGGCUUUGCCUGUGGCUAGUGCAGCUUCUCAUGGCCCUUGACUAUUUGCAUGCAAAUCACAUUCUUCACCGUGAUGUGAAGUGCUCCAAUAUAUUUCUUACUAGGGAUCAGACUAUAAGACUUGGUGACUUUGGGCUUGCAAAAAUAUUGACCCCUGAUGAUCUAGCAUCCUCGGUUGUUGGAACACCAAGUUAUAUGUGCCCAGAACUUCUUGCUGAUAUACCUUAUGGCACCAGAUCUGAUAUUUGGUCACUAGGAUGCUGCAUGUAUGAAAUGACUGCACUCAAACCCGCAUUUAAAGCUUUCGAUAUGCAAGCCCUUAUUAACAAGAUUACCAAGUCGAUAGUAUCACCUUUGCCAACAAGAUAUUCUGGUGCAUUUCGGGGACUUGUUAGGAGCAUGCUUCGGAGAAGUCCAGAGCGCAGGCCAAGUGCAGCUGAACUACUGAAGCAUCCACAUCUACAACCUUAUGUGCUGCAAGUCCAUUUGAAAUCUUCCCCUUCUCGCGGCAUAAUUCCUGUCCAUCAAUCUCCUAGUGACAAGAGAAUGACAUUUCCCACAGAGCCUGUUUUGAGAAGCAAGGGCAGGAGGAACUCUUUUGGUAAUGAAAGGAUAGUAACCUUUAGCAAACCUUCUCCUGAGAGAAAUUCUAUCAGCUCUAUUCGGAGUAUAAAGGAUUACACCACCACACAGAGUGUCAAAGAGUCAUCUAUUGAUGACAGUCAGGUUGGGGAAGUUACUAGUAAAACCUUAGCAUCAAGGACCUCAAGUGUCAUGAAGACUCCAAAGAUGACUCCAUCCAAGAUAAUCACAACUCCAAAGAAUCGGCUAGAACCUCCACAAGCAUCCUACAACAGAUCAAAUUGUAGUGAGUUUCCAACAACACCAGUUAACAGAAGCACUCAGCUGGCCUGCAGAGCAUCACUUCCAUUGCCAGCAUUCGAGACACCGAAGCACAGCAUCAGCAUCUUGGAGCAGCUGGAGUCCCCUGAUGUCUCCGUGAAUUCACCUCGAAUCGACAGAAUUGCUGAAUUCCCACUAGCUUCAUCUGAGGAUCCAUUGUUCUCAAUCGGCAAGCCCUCAUCUGCUCACGGCUCGUGCUCAGCCUCAGCCACGCCUCUGUUCGUGGACCGGUCCAUCACCAAGGACAAGUGCACGGUGCAGACACUCCGUGCCGCAGAUGGCGACAACGACAGGAGCGACUCCUCGGGCCGCAACGCCACCGUCGCUUCGAGCCGUGGCUCCACGGACUCCAGGCAGCGGCGGUUCGACACGACGUCAUACCAGCAGCGCGCGGAGGCUCUGGAGGGCCUGCUCGAGUUCAGCGCGCAGCUGCUGCAACAGGAGAGGUACGAGGAGCUGGGGAUCCUGCUGAAGCCGUUCGGCCCAGAGAAGGUGUCCCCCAGGGAGACGGCCAUCUGGCUCACCAAGAGCUUCAAGGAGACAGGGUUGUAGUUGUAGCCUCACCUUGCUUGUAGGCAACACCAGCACUUUCAGGUUUGUGAUGUGCAAUGUAGCUCGAUCAGGUAGCUAAGAGAUGUUAGCAUUCAGUUUUUUCGAUGCUGGGAGUGAACACCAUCUCAGUGUUGUCCUAGCUUAAGUCCUACUACCUUUAUGGUGCUUUUUCUAGGCCCCCAGAAUUAACAGCAGGAAGUGAAGUAGUAGCAGUAGAACUGGAAGUGUGAGGCAGGAAGUAGUGGAAUCCUGGCUAGGUGCUGUAAGGUUGUAACAAUCUGGUAACUUGAGAGCUAGUUUCAUUCAACAGUGCUGGAGAAUAUUUAUCCAUAGAUUCAGCCUAGCUCAUUUGAUUUCCAUCCGCAUUGCUUGCUGAUGCGUGCAUCAAGGUCACUACUUGAAGGCACUUGGAAAAGGAGUGUUUGAUCUUCCUAAUCUAGAUGCAUGGAUUAGAUAUGGAUAGCUCGGUGAAUUUUAUCUUGAUGUGUGAAAUGAAACUAUGCUGGAUGGCUGGUUGAUCCCUAGUCGUGGGCACGUGAAGGACGCAAGGAGAGAAGCAAGUUGAGAGCUAGC